UUUUCAGACACUUUUUGGAGGCUGAACCUUGGAUUUUUCUGGAAAGUGUUACGAAAACUGUCGAAAAACCUUCGGAAAAUUUUGAAAAUAUGUUUUUUAUAGCUUUCGCGAAAUGCUCUUUCAUCUGACCGAGUCGGAAAAGUUUUUAGAAACGAUAAAACUUUUGCCUUGGAAAACCAGGUUUCCAGGGACCCGAUCUCCAAAGGCCUAUCAGCCCAAACCAUUGUCAUAUUCGGAAUCAGCAUAGCCGAUAACCUAUUUUCCACUUAGUUUUAGGCCAAAAGCGAUUUGCCAGUUGGUGUCCUUUCCUCGUAAGUGUGUACAAUUGCACAUUUGUUGUUGAUAUUCGUUAACAUUGAAUUGACAUGAUUUCCGUUCAAAUAUCUUUAAGUUCGAUUUUUUUUUUUAACUUUUUGUUUUUAUUUUUAUUUUAGACUGGAAAUGGUACUUAUAAUAAAGCUGUUUUGAUGAAUGCCGCUUUUAUCUACGCAUCAUCCGAAUAUGAUUUUCAGUGUUUUGUAUUUCAUGAUGUUGAUUUGAUACCCGAAGAUGAUAGAAAUAUGUAUUCAUGUCCAUUAUAUCCCAGACAUAUGUCCGUAGCCGUCGAUGAAAUGGAUUACAAAUUAACCUAUGAAGAAUUAGUGGGAGGUGUAUUAACAUUAAAAUCAGAUCAUUUUCUUAUGGUAAAUGGUUAUUCUAAUUUAUAUUGGGGGUGGGGAGCAGAAGAUGACGAUUUAUAUUAUAGACUAAAAGAAGUAUCGUUAAAAAUUAUUCGUCCACCCCCAUCAAUUGGACGUUAUAAAAUGUUACAACAUACAAAACGUACACCAUCUAUAUGGAAUAAACGCGCUAAAUUAUUAUAUUCAGCUGCUAAACGUUAUUCAUGGGACGGUGUAUCAUCGGUGAAAUAUAAUUUAACAAAUGUCACCGCAUAUCCAUUAUUCACCCAUAUACUAGUCGAUGUUGGAUCACCACCGCCCGGUUUUAGUUAA